GUCACAUGCAGAGCAUGAUCAGUCAUGUGUGUUGUACACAUACACGUACCAGACAGUAAGAGAUCUCUGAUUACUAAAUACUUGAUAUAAAGAACAACCAUGGAUCCCCGUUCUAGUGCCCAGGAUGUACACCGAUGUGACCUUUGUGAGACCGCCAUAGUACACAGCUAUUGUGACUUAUGCCAUGUCAAUCUCUGCGUACCUUGUAUAGGCAAACAUAUCUUAGAUGGAUAUGACAAACAUAAAAUUGUUCAAUUCCAGGAACGAAGAUCUACUCUUAUUUAUCCAAAAUGUAGGACACAUCCACAUAAAAUCUGUGAAUCCCAAUGCAUGGAUUGCAACAACAUCUUUGUUUGUUCCUCCUGCAUGGCCUCUGAACAACAUGGAAGACAUAAAUUUAAAGAAAUAACAGAAGUAUACAAAACUAAGAAAGAAGUUAUCAAAAUGGAUACAGAAGAGUUAGUUAAUAAUAUUUCCCCUACAUAUGAAAAAAUAACACUUGACUUAGAAAAUCAGCUUGCCAACCUGGAUGGAGGAUAUGAGAAACUUACAACAACAAUUUCAAAACAAGGAGAGCAAUGGCAUAGAGAAAUCGACAUCACCAUCAACAAAAUGAAAACUGAAAUCAGCGAGAUAAAAGUAAAACACAGAGAUAUUCUACAGAAACAUUUGGAUGAAAUUAAACAGAUACAGUCCCUCAUAAAACAAACAUUACAGGCCUUAAAAGAAAUUGAGAAAUCUACUGAAGUAUCUUCUACCAUUGAAUACAGCUCUAAGAUCACAGAAUUCAGCAAAUUUCCACCGAAAGUUCAGGUAUUACUGCCAACAUUCACUCCAAACCCAAUAGACAGUGAGAAGCUGUAUAGGAUGUUUGGACAAAUCACCCCAUUAUCUACUGAUACAGGAGAAAAUAUUGUGUCACUAAACCGACCCAACACUUCAUUCAGAGAACUACUGAAUGAACCGGAGCUUGUUGCCACAAUACAGACUGGGCAUAAAAAUCUUCGCAGUGUUACCUGUCUGAAUGAAGACAGGAUCUGGACGAGUGGGGAGACCGAUGAUGUCAAAUGCUUUAACAUUAAAGGUUUACUCCUCCAGACAAUCAAGACAAAAUCAUGGAAUUGGCAAAAUGAUAUAGCUGUUGACAGUGAUGGUGAUUUACUGUACUCUAAUUGGUUUACAAUGACAGUAUAUAAAGUAAAGAACGGACAAACAGAAGAGUUGAUCAGAUUACAGGGAUGGAGGCCUAGACACCUGUGUGUCACCUCUAAUGGUGAUCUCCUGGUUACCAUGUACAGUGUUGAUUACUAUCAAUCCAAAGUUGCCCGUUACUCAGGGUCUACAGAAAAACAAACAGUUGAAUUUGAUGAUGAAGGUAAACGUCUGUACGCAGGGAAUGAUAAUACUAAAUACAUCACAGAGAACAGAAACCACGACAUUUGUGUAGCUGACCAUGAGGCUGGUGCAGUAGUGGUGGUUAAUUGGGACGGGAAACUCAGAUGGAGAUACACCGGUCAUCCCUCAGUUACUAAGAAAACACCAUUUAAACCCUAUGGCAUCACUACAGACAGUCAGAGUCGUAUCCUAACAGUAGACGGUUACAACCAUUGUAUCCAUAUUCUGGAUCAGGACGGACAGUUUCUCCGUUACAUUGAUAACUGUGAUCUGAAGAGUCCUACUGGUGUAUGUGUGGACAAUAAUGACAAUCUGUAUGUGUGUGAGUACUGCAAAGGCAAACAUGAAAGACAUAAAUUUAAAGAAAUAACAGAAGUAUACAAUACUAAGAAAGAAGUUAUCAAAAAAGAUACAGAAGAGUUAGUAAAUAAAAUUUCCCCUGCAUAUAAAAAAAUCACGCUUGACUUAGAAAAUCAGCUGGCCAUCCUGGAUGGAGGUUAUGAGAAACUAACCACAACAUUGUCCAAACAAGGAGAGCAAUGCCACAGAGAAAUCGACAUCGUUAUCAACAAAAUGAUAACUGAAAUUAGCGAGAUAAAAGUGAAACACAGAAACAUUUUACAGAAACAUUUGGAUGAAAUUAAACAGAUACAGUCUUUCAUAAAACAAACAUUGCUGGUCUUAAGGGAAAUUGAGAAAUCUACUGAGGUAUCUUCCACCAUUGAAUACAGCUCUAAGAUCACAGAAUUCAGCAAAGUUCCACCGAAGGUUCAAGUAUUACUGCCAACAUUCAUUCCAAAACCAAUAGACCGCAAGGAGCUGUAUAGGAUGUUUGGACAGAUCACUCCAUUAUCUACUGCUACAAAAGAAAAUGCCUUGUCACUGAACCAACCCAAAACUUCAUUCAAAGAACUACUGGAUGAGCCGGAGCUUGUUGCCAUAAUACAGACUGGAUAUAAAGAUUUACGCUGUGUUACCUGUCUGAAUGAAGACAAGAUCUGGACGAGUGGGGAGACCAAUGAUAUCAAAUGCUUCAACAUUAAAGGUUCACUCUUCCAGACAAUCAAGACAAAAUCAGGGAAUUGGCGCAAUGAUAUAGCUGUAGACAGUGAUGGAGAUCUACUGUACUCUGAUUGCGAAACUAAGACAGUGAACAUAGUAAAGAAUGGACAGAUUGAGGAGUUGAUAAGAUCAAAGGGAUGGAAGCCUGUCAACAUGUGUAUCACCUCUGCUGGUGAUCUCCUGGUUACCAUGUAUAGUGAUAAUAUAUCUCAAUCCAAGGUUGUCCGUUACUCGGGAUCUACAGAAAAACAAACAAUUCAAUUUGAUGAAGAAGGCAAACCUUUGUACUCAGGAAAUAGUGCAAUUAAAUAUAUUACCGAUAACAGAAACCAUGACAUCUGUGUAGCUGACUGGGAGGCUGGUGUAGUAGUGGUGGUCAAUCAGGACGGGAAACUCAGAUGGAGAUACACUGGUCAUCCCUCAGCUACCAAGAUCAAACCAUUUAGACCCCGUGGUAUCACAACAGACAGUCAGAGUCGUAUCCUGACAGCAGAUUGUAGGAACCAUUGUAUCCAUAUAGUGGACCAGAUUGGACAGUUUCUACGUAACAUAGAUAACUGCGAUCUAAAGAAUCCUUUUGGUUUAUGUCUGGACAAUAAUAACAAUCUGUUUGUGUGUGAGUUUAACAAAGGCAAUGUAAAGAAAAUCAAAUAUUUAAGGAAGACUUAAUUUACAUUUGUAAAAAUGUGCUUGUAAAUUAAACAAGUGACUUUUUUCUGUGUAUGAAAUUGAGUUUU